UUGCGUUGCAGCAAAGCACAUUGCAGUCGUACUACUUGAAGCACACGUAUGUUAAAGUCGUGCUAAUUGGAUGAGUUUUUAUGACUUCAUCUGUAAUCACUGCUCUUUUGUUCCGACUGCUCUUUUUGUGCAAAUGACAUAAAACUCAGUUUCGUUUCUACCAACCAUUUGCAUCUUUGUGUGGCCUCAUCGCGAUUUUUGUCUGAUAUUUCCAACAUUUUUCGUUUUUUGGUUUGCGGCACGAAUCAGUGGUUUAAUCAAAAUGUCCACUGGUUAUAUCACAUCGGCUCUUGAUUCACUAGCAAAUGCGCUACAAAUCAUACCACAGCAUGAGUAUCUGCUCCAGGGAACUAUUUUAGACUUGCAUGUGGAUCAUUUGGUACAAAGAUUGCGUGGCCUCUGCGACAAUAUGGAUCAAGGACUGCAAACAUUUCAUGAUCAUGAGAUCUGUUUCAGCCUCUUAUCAACGAAGGAAGGGCAGGUAGCCCCACUGAUUCUGCGAGUUCGUAGGGCCAUCGAUAUAAUGGAUGCACCGUAUCAACUUCGAUACAUUGGUCAACAAGAAGUGGGUGACCGAACGCGGCCGACGUUGGUGCGAAACAGCUUGGACAUUGCGUGUACGCCGACAGUGAUUGAGUAUCUAAAAGAAUUGGGCUGUAACGUCGAUUUCGAGUACACUAGCCGUGGUUAUAUGUUCCGAAAAGGUCGCAUGAAAAUCACCGUCGCCAAAAUAUUCAAAUUGGGCGGAGUACCUUCGAAUCCUGAAAGUUACACGGAUCCGAUUCCAUUCACGCAAAGUUAUCUGGUCGAAUUAUCGGUACUGACAGCUGGUCAGGAUGGAAUCGGGAAGGAAAUGGUGCACUUUGCCGAACAGCUUAGACCGUUAGUGAAACUGGAGAAAAUUGACUACAAGAGACUGUGAAAUAUUUCCCGUAGAUUUUGUAUUUUGAUGUCUAAUUUUUGAUCGAAAAUAAAUUGAAAUUAGAAA